CUCUCAGUUCGGAUUUCCCAUGGAAGAAACCCCCUGCCCUCAGCUUCGCCUCCCCCAAAACCUCUUGAUCCGCUCCCAAAUUUCCUCUCUCCCUCUACACGAACCCUACCCCCAAAACGACCUCCGCCUCCAGUUCGACCUCCGCUCUCCAAAUCUCCUCUCUCCAGCUUUCCAAAUCCCCAAAUCUCCUCUCUCCAAAUCUCGGUUCGCUAUUGCCAUCACCUCCCGCUCCUCUCCGACUCCACCCCCGGCGCGUCGAGGCCCCGAACCCCAGUCUCCACUUCGUCGCUCACGGCGGCACCGAACCGCUCAGACUCGCAGUGAUUUCUCGCCGGACUCGCCGCGGCACCGCCCCCGAGCAACUCGCAGAGACCUCCGUCAGUGAUUUUUUAAUUUUUUUUUUGUGAUUUUAGGUUUUGUUGUUUCUUAUUUGAGACUCGAUUUCUUGGAUUGCUAUGCAGGAGAUCCAAGCUGAUCUUACAUUUCUUUUUUGAGUGCUGUAGUUUUGCAUCUUUUUGAGUUUGAAGCACUUGGAUGCAUAUUAUUUUCAACCGAACAGGUUCAUGAAGAGGUAAGAAUUUGAACCAAAAAAGUAGGGUCUUUUUCAAUAUUGCUUGGUCUAUAUAUCACCUUAUGUUGGUGUUGUAUACAAAGAUUUCAUUCAGUAGGCUUCUAAGAUUUCAAAUCCAUUUGAAAGAAAUUGACAGUCACUAACUUAUGAGGGGCUAAUACCUAAAAGUUGUAAUGAAAUGAUACUAAGUUGUGAGCUUAAGCCAGAAAUGGAAAACAUUCUCUAGCAUGUGGGACAAAGAGGUGUUAGUGUCUGCGGGUGAGUGUACUUGUGUGUGAGUGCCUGUGUUUGUAUCUUGUCGUUGCUGGGUGAAUUCUGGGACGGGAGGGCGAGGUGCAAGCAGGCAGUGUAUGGAUGUAUGAUUGUGUUGGAAUAAUCAACUUUAGCAUUUAUGGAGGUCACUUUGGAUGUCAGUGGUAUUCAUGUUUCACGGAUGAUGCAAUUUACUCCAAGGAAAUAGCUCCUUCAAGAACCUUCUGCAUUUAUGAAGAGGUUUAUAUACAAUUUCUUCUAGUUAUAAUGUAUUUUUGGCUUUACUACUUUAAUUAUGUUAAUCUCAAAUGUUGUUAUAAGAUAAAAGUUUUAAUCUGUAACCUAUAACACAUUGAUAAGUUCAAGAUAAAGGCAGUUGGUGCUACUAAUAGGCUUGGAUAAAUUGAGGCUCCUCGAGUGGAAGAACGGGCUCAUGGCUAUUCAGGAUAGAGUUGUAAACUGCCACUUCAAAGCUGGAUACAUUUAGGCUACCUUUGAGCCAUCACUUGGACAUAAAAUAUGCUGCCACCUCCACCAUGCCCCUAUCUUCCAUUGAAAUACAGUUUUGGAUGUAGAGGUCGAAAUGAUGCACAAAGCUGGUCUCAUUCAAGGGGGAUCACUGGAAAAUGCAAUGGUUUGCAGAGCAGCGGUGAUUCUGGUGCUAAUGUGAAGCGCCUUGAACAAGAAACUGAGAGCAAAAUCCUCCAGCUGAAGGAACAAUCAUCACGUGUCUCUCGCGAUGUGGGUGAUAUGCUCUUGAGGCAGGUCACAACCGUAAAGAAUUAGCUUUCAGCGUGUUUAUGGCUGUGAAGGAAUAUUCAAUAUAUUUAUGAAUAUAUGUAUGUGUUGUGAGGAAAUCUCUC